UGAUGCGGUUAAAUGCUGAGUGCGCAGAGCAUCUCUCUCUCUCUAUCUGUCUCUCUCUCUCUCUAUCUGUCUCUCUCUCUUUCUCUCGUGAUGACGGUUCGUGCCUCCACACCGCAUGCGUGAGCGUGUGUAGAUGGAUCGCUUCACCCACAUCACCGGAGACAUUGCAGCAUCCACGCGAUUGUUCUCGCACAGAUCGACGGCAGCACGGACAGAUCUGUCUGUAUCUAUUUCUGUCUGUCUGUAUUCCUGUCUGUCUGUCUCUCUGGGUUCAUGUCGGUGUGGCGGAUCGCGGCUGCUCACUAAGAUGCUGCAGCUCUGGCUCUGUUUAGCGUGACCGUCUGCCUCGUCUCACAGCGGGAGGCCGGAGAUCCGCCCACACACACACUCACGCCGUCGCCAUGACGACCUCGGCCCUCCGGCGACAGGUGAAGAACAUCGUGCACAACUAUUCGGAUGCGGAGAUCAAGGUGCGGGAGGCGACCUCCAACGACCCCUGGGGUCCGUCCAGCUCGCUGAUGUCGGAGAUCGCCGAGCUGACCUUCAGCGUGGUGGCCUUCAGCGAGGUCAUGGCCAUGGUGUGGAAACGCCUCAACGACCACGGCAAGAACUGGAGACACGUCUACAAGGCUCUGACUCUGCUGGACUAUCUGGCCAAGACGGGUUCGGAGCGGGUCGCCCAGCAGUGCCGCGAGAACGCCUUCACCAUCCAGACGCUCCGCGACUUCCAGUACGUGGACCGCGACGGGCGCGACCAGGGCGUGAACGUGCGCGAGAAAGCCAAGCAGCUGGUGGCGCUGCUGCGGGACGAGGAGCGUCUGAGGCUGGAGAGAGCGCAGGCCCUCAAGACCAAAGAGAGGAUGGCGGGCGGCGGUGUUCCUCCCGCGUAUCCCAGCAGGCGCAGCAGUCAGCCCAGCAUGGCCGCGCUGUACGGAGAAGAGUUCAACCACUCCAGAGGAUCGCCGUCCUCCUUCAACUCGUCAUCCUCGUCUCCUCGAGCGUCUGAUCUGGAACAGACUCGACCGCAGACCAGUGGAGAAGAAGAACUACAGCUGCAGCUCGCGCUGGCAAUGAGCAGAGAGGAGCAGCGCAGCCGUCAGGGAGACGAUCCUCAGCCUCAUCUUCAGAAGGCUGUGGAGGAGAGCGAGAGACGGCGAGACCUGGGCCUUUCAGAGUCGGCCAUGAUCGACCUGGUGGAUGUGUUUGGUCCCACGCCUGCAGCGCCGGCGAGCGACGACCCCUGGGACGCCCCGCCCACCUGCUCUGUAAACUCUGACCCCUGGGAGUCUGUAGCUGUAGUGAAGUCCAGUAACCCGGUGGUUGGUAGUCCCUGGACAGCCCGCCCUUCCUCCAGUAGCCCCGCCCACCCCUGGGGAACCCACCAAUCGCCUCCUGACCCCUGGGAUGCCCCGCCUUCAAACUCCACCUCUAAUAUGGAUGAAAAAGCCUGGAGGAGCCCAGCACGACUAAUUUCAAGUGGGAAGGACCCAUUUUCCAUUCCAGAGGAGGAGGAGGAGCUUAGAUUGGAGAGGGAGGGGUCUGUAGUGGAGGGGGAGGGGCCAACCCAAGUGUUCAGCCCUCGCUGUGAGAGUCCUGCAGAUGCCGAUCAGUUCGGCGAGUUGGUGGUGGGCAUUCAAGUGAACGGACGGGCGAAUGACAGUCCGGAGACCUUUGACCUCUCUCGCCUCGGGCCUCCCCUAGACACGGUGACCCCCAGACAGUGCCGGACCCCUGAAGCGUUCCUUGGGCCCACCGCUGCCUCCCUCGUGAACCUGGACACACUGAUUCCAACCAACCCGCCGGCCAAGAGCAAAAACCCCUUUCUGUCAGGUCUGAGCACGCCAUCUCCCACGAACCCUUUCCACUGUGAGCAGCCCAGACUGACUCUGAAUCAGAUGCGGCCUCACUCCACCUCACCGCUGCCGGCUCCAGCUCUGUCCUACAGCGCCUCCCUUCCUCAACCCCUCCUGCAGCAGAGGCCCCAGACUCUGCCCUCGUCCUACACGCAACCGCCCCACGGCCUGCUGGACAUGCCCAGCAACCUGCCACAGCCGCUACUGCCCCUCACGCCCGUCCCGCUGCAGCCCUCCGGCCGACAAAGCCACAACCCCUUCCUCUGAGGAACCGCUUCGGUUCACACUGAAGUGUGGGAAACGGACACUGAAACCAGAUUACGGUGAUUCGGUUUCAGUGUGAACGGACUGAAGAGCUACAAUGAAGCCUGCGAUGUUACUAGGGUUGGUUUUUAGUGACGGUACUUUUCCAAUAAGACACAUUUUAUGCCGGCUGACUUUAUUAACUUGCGUUCGUUCAUUCGUCUGUAUUAUGCGUGAUAAUUCAUUCAAGCGCAAGAGCUCAGCCUGGAUUAUCACAUUUAUAUUGAUCUUAAAGUCAACAUGAACUCAAAAUAGACUCCAUUUACUUUCCUUAUACACAAUCCUAAUCUUAUUGUGCACUUAUUGUGUCAUCAGUGCAUGUUAUUCCAAAAAUUGUGAUCAUAAUCACAAUAUUUUAACAUGCUCUGUCUCUUGAUUGGCUGAUAUCAUCUAGGUCAGGAGUUUUCAAUCUUUUAGAUGCCACAGAUGCCCAAAAUCACGGAUCCUCAUCCUAACAUUUAAAAGGCAGAUAUAUAUUUGCAUAUUUAAAGACCCAAUUUAUUAAAUUAAAAAUUAAUUAUAUAUUAAUUAAAAGGUAAUAUUGCAAUAGUGUAAAAUAUUUGGACUUUUUUGUUUGUAUUAUGUUACAUUAUUUAGCUUUUCAUCCACUUACUAUAGUAAUGUAUGUUUAGAUGCUGUUGUAUUAUUUAUUUAUUAUUUAUCAUUAUUAGAGAUGCACCGAUAUAUCGGCCAAUAAUCGUUAUCGGCAGAUAAAAACUAAUUUUCACACUAUCAACUAUUGGCCGAUUAAAAACAGCCGAUAGUCAGAGCCAAUAUAUAUCCUGUCAAUCAAAAUAGGGCAGGAAAAUGCACUGAAUUUAUGCUUUGUGCAAAGAAAAUGCUAAGAAACCAGUUUAAUAUUCAAUAUUAAUAGUAAUUACAUUUAAUACAAUGUAAUUACAAUUAAUACAAUUAAUAACAUUAAGAAAGUUAAGAAAUAUUCAUUUAAUCUUCAGAAUUUAGUUAAUGUGUGUUCAUUUUAAUUUGAGUAAUGUGUUUGUUUAUAACUGAUACACAGCAAAAUCCCCAGAGUUAAAUCAGCUCUGCUCAGAUUACAUAUGGUCCCUCUCUAUAUAGUAUUAAAGUAACACUGAAGCAGAGUUAAAGUUAAUGAGAUAAUUAAGUUAUGAUUGAGCAUUAGUGAUGAACACCUGCUGUUAACAAGCAGAAUUACUGAAGAGAAACACAAUAACUACAAAUGACUUCCAGCCACAGCCUUAGAUGAAAUCAACUGAAGAUAAAAGACAUUAAAUCUCUCAAGAUCUGAUUAAACAACUCCACAAACAGCAUAUUAUGUGGAGAGGGACCAUAUGUUCUCUGAGCAGAGUUGAUUUAACUCUGGGGAUUUUGCUGUGUACCAGUUACUAUGAAACAAGUAAUGAUUAAUUAUUAAUUAUAAUAAAAGUAGCCUAUCAUUAAUUUAAAAGAAGGAAUAAUAGGCAGCACCCCCAAACUAUUGGUAUCGGUAUCGGCAGAUAUCACUCUGAAUAACUGGCUAUCGGUCGAGAAAUGUAGUAUCAGUGCAUCUCUAAUUAUUAUAUUUACAUGUAAAGACUAAGACUGCACAAUAUUGGAAAAAAAAAAAAAAAAAAAAAAAAACUGACUUUGUGACAUUUUGCUUUUCUACAAAAUGAAAAAUACAGGAAAUAUGACUUGAAUAGCUAUAUUUGAAAAGAAUUGAUAAUUCUAUAAUGAUUGGGGUGAUUUUGUUGGGGAGUGCAGCUGUAUAGAAAAUUUAAAUAAAUACAUAAAUAAAAAAGCCAAAACAUUAAAGUGAAAAGUCCUUUUAGGACUGAAUGAUUUUGGAAAAACUUUUGGUGUGCAUACUUGGGUUUAUUCUUUAUGAGAACCAACUUUUAAAAAAAUGUAAAUAAAAAAAGUCUUUCCACUUUUUAUAGACCACAUUCAUACUUUUUUUGACCAAUUCAGUAUGACUAUAAAAUAAUAAUAAUUAUCUUUUUUUUUGUGAUUAUUAUUAAAUAUAUUAAACAAAAUAAGAAAUAUUGUAAUAAUACUAUUGUACUGUAAAAUAAAAAUACUUUAAAAUUACAAUACUAAUAUUUACUUCUUAAUUUCUUUAUUUUUCAUACGUUAUACAUCAAGUUUUUAUUUUGAUGGAUUGCCGCAUUAAUUUGAUAGUGAAGCUGCAUUUACAUGUGCACAGCUCACAGUAUAUGAUUGACAGUAAAUGAAGAUGCGUAAACACUGUAUCAUGAAUUACAUGCAUGACGCGCUUCACUCUGAAACCACUAGCGCGUAUAUUUACUUGAUUAAAUCGCUACUUGCGUGAUUCGACAAUCGUAAAAGCCAUUUUGCAAAUUUGCGAUAUAAUUUUUUUCUGAUAUAUUGUGCAGUCUUAGUAAAAACACAAUUUAUUACAUUAAACACGUAUUGAAUAUCAUUUUUUUUUAAUGCAUUUAUUUAUUUAAAAUGUAUUUAUUUUAAUAUUUAUAAUUUCUUUAUUUUGUUUUAUCUUAUUUUAAUUAACUAUGUAUUAAUUUAUUUUAGAGUUUUUCCACUGUUUAUCUGUAAACUUGUCGAUGGACCCCUAAAUCCCUGAACCCGUUCUGAAACCCCUGAUCUAGAUCACAUGUGCGGGGAAAAUAAUCUAAACCAAUAGCCAAACAGUUACCUGGGCAUUAUUAGGCUACUGAUGUAGGUCGUUUUUUGCAAAUAGUUGAUGUAGUAACUAAUGCUGGUUAAUGUAAUGCAAAUGACAGCAAUAAUAUCCAUUCUGGUAUGCAACAUCCACUUUUCACAAUCUACUGAUUGAUAAAAUCCCAGCUGAAUAUCAAAAAUGAUGUCACAUCAUGUGUUGUGGAUGUUGUUUCAUGUUGACUUUAAUAUGUUGGCUCAACGCUUUACUCUUCUGCUGCACAGGAACAGCAUGCUGCUAAUGAACUUAGGAAGGGGUUAAAUGUCAAUAUCUUAGCCAAAAGCAGGACUGAAGACAUGAGGAGGGAAAUUUCAGGAACAUCAGCUACUAACCGAGAACAAACUCACCGUCCUCUCCUCGUUCCUCAAACCCUUCUCGUUUCCUUUCUGAUGCCUCGAAUCAAUGGAUCCCGUGCAAUUAGAUCCGGCACUGAUUGUAACCGAGCUCCUCCAUGUGCCUGUCUCACCGACAGUCCCACAAUGCACUGGGGCUGGCGCCUCACUUCCUGCUUGGAUCUCAGGAGCGCCACCCACAGGAACCCGCAUAGCCAAUUAAAACUCACGGUGUCUGUCUGAGAGGACCAGGACAGACGGGCGUGUUUUAUAAUCGCUACAGACUCCAUGUGAGUCGAUGCUGAAUUAUCCGAUGCUGUUAUUUCCUCCACUCAGAAGUGAUUCAAGAUCAAGUACCAGCUUUACUGUUAAUCACUGCUAAUGAGUAUGCCAUCCAGUCUGUCCUAGUGAAGGAGAACCAGGUUAAUCGUUUAAUCUACUAUGAGUUAAAUGGUAUAUAUCAAAGACACAAAUAAAUGAAUGUUAUUCACUUUUAA